AUGGACGACCACUCGUACCUCACCACAUACGAGGCCGCAUUGGCUGUCGUGGCCACGGCCAUGAAGAAGUCUCGCUUACGACUAGAAGUGUUGAUUAUCAAUUCAUGUAUUGGAGGAAUGUUGUUCAGUGCCGGUGGGAUGCUACAUAUAGUGAUCCAGGGGCAGCUGCCGCAGGUUUAUAACCUGAAUCCGGGCAUGUUGCACAUGCUCAACGGUCUUUUUUAUCCCAUUGGACUCUUUUACGUGGUCAUCAUGGGUGUCGACUUGUUCAAUUCCAAUAUUCUAUUUUUCAGCUGUGCCUUGUGUCGAAGGGCCGUGUUGGUGGUUGACUUGUUGACGAGUUGGUUCAUCAGCUACUGGUUCAAUCUAGUGGGCAACAUUUUCAUUGGAUACGUCAUUUUCCAUUACUCAAAUGAAACAGCACCAGGCACAAGCAUAGACGUUGUGAGGGCGGCUCGCGAGAUUGUGAUGCAAAAGGCGGCAUUUUCAUUCACGCAAACCCUUUUGAAAGCCAUCGCUGGCAAUUUCUUCGUGUGCAUGGCUAUAUACCUCCAGAUGAUGGUGAAGCCAUUGCACGUCAAGUUUUUCAUGAUGAUGCUCCCCGUGUUUACGUUUGUGUCUCUUGGGUUCACUCACGCCGUGGCAGACAUGACGGUGCUAAUAAUCGGCAAAAUCGAAGGUGCCCCCGUGCCGAUGAAGUUGCUCGUUUGGAAAACUUUUCUUCCCGCAGCGUUGGGAAACAUCAUCGGGGGCUCCUUCUUUGGCAUUGUAAUUUGUUGGUAUUUGCAUAUAUAUGUGGUUGAAAUGGAUAGAAACCGCUUGGAUUUCCCCGAGUACGAGUUUAGGGAUGAGCAACCGGAACAGAACCAGGACUCCCGGGUCAUUCGGCAGAAGAAGCCGCAGUUUGACCAAGAUGUUGUUGAGCAGCAUGGCACUGGGUAUCCCCUCGACGACGACAAAAAACUUGGAGAUAAUACGCCGGAUAGUGAGUGGUCUUUUGAUAAACAUGCUGCUCCCGUGCCGAUUUUCAGUGACGGGAACUACGAGCUUGAAAAAAGUAGAACGCGCGAUACAACUCGCAGUGCGACGUCGCUGAGAUCUGCCAGAUCACCAAAGGGGGUUUUCCCAGUUUAUGGAAUGGGUAUGCCUGAUGCCAAGGAACGGACCAUCGCAGGCGAUGUCAAUGGCGAAAAACAGGGGCAAGAAAGAGGCGAGCGGGUGAGUAUUGCUGAUGACGGCGAAGAAGAACCUCAAAUUGAAGCCACUUCUAUUCGGAAUCAGUUGAGGCGCUUCAUGAGCAGCAGGUCGAGUGUUGGUAGAAGACAUCCGGAUGAUUUGGAGUCAACUGUUUCACAAACAAAUGGUACGAGCCCGCCGCUUCUGAAACCAGCCGUUGCUUUUACACGAUGA